AUGCUCUUCUUUUUGUCGCUGGCAUACAUCGCCAUCUCAAUCGACGCAUCCGGCUUGAUUAGGUACUUGGCAUUUAGGGUGCUUCAAUGGGGAGGAGAUGUUGGGCACAAACUUUUCUUCUACCUCUAUGCAUUCUUCUUCGGCCUGGCUAGCUUCAUCGGAAACGAUCCCAUCAUACUUUCGGGCACAGCGUUUCUCGCCUACAUGACCCGGGUUUCAAGCAACAUCAAGCACCCAAGGGCGUGGAUUUUCAGCCAAUUCGCCGUGGCCAACAUUGCCUCAGCAAUCCUCGUCUCGUCCAAUCCGACGAAUCUCGUGCUGGCGGGUGCUUUCAACAUCAAGUUUAUUGACUACACGGCGAACAUGAUAGUUCCCGUCACUGUUACGGGCAUCGUUCUCUUCCCUUUCUUACUUUACAUCAUCUUCGCGAAUGAGAGUCUCAUUCCCCCAAAGAUCAAGAUGCACGAGCUCCCGCCAGAAGCGAAAGACAAGAAGCCUGUGAAUCCGAACAUCCCUCAUGCGAAAGGAAUGGCGGAGGAGCAAGAGGACGAUCCCGAGAACGAAGAAACGGGGAAACGCCUCUCUCUCGAGGAGAUCAUGAACCCUUUCAUAGACAAAGGAGGCGCAGCGUUCGGAGCUGUCAUCAUGGCCGCCACACUUAUCACGCUCCUGGCUCUCGACGCUGCGAGUUCCAGAACUGGGAAACACGCUGUCUUCUGGGUUACUUUGCCCGCCGCAUUCGUCAUGUUCUGCUGGGAUAUCGCGUUCGGAUGGUGGCAUCGUGAGGAGACACGCUAUAUCGCUCGCAAGGGUCGUGAGGAGGUUGAACACGCUCACAGCGAAAGAGAAAGGAAAGAGAAGGACACGCAAGAACAUCAAGAUGACGAAGCCAAGGCCGUGCUGUUGAUUGUAUUCAUGACAUUGAAAAGGGAGAGAAUGCUAUUGAGAUGGUUCCUCAAGCGGCUGAUAAGCUACAAGAUGGCCAGCCGAAAGAUGGUAUUCAAGUUGAAGAGCGAGAAGCAAAGUCUGGAUCAUCCUCGGAGGCGUCAUCAGGAACAACAUUAG